CAUGUCUGGAUGGUUUUACUCGUACCGUGCCUCAAGUGAACUAUAGCCGCGGGGGUUUGCACAAGUUUGCAUGAUGAUUGUGGAGAGACCAUCCGCCCGCGUUGACCGUCCUGUGUUGAACAUCUCCACAGCCGCAGCAACACAAGCACCUUGCUGAAAUAGGCGUGUACGGAGAAAGCUGGGAGCGCUUGGAAACCAGAUUCAACUGAGAGAGUUUCUCCUGGUAGCUUUCCCCCCUUCCAAACCGCAGUUAAAGAGUCUACCCCGUGAUGCGUAAAUGGAUUCAGUUUUGGCUCUGUCCACUGUGUUUCAGCAGGGCAGUGAGGACAAAGUUGAUGGAGUUAAAGUCAUUACGUGAGCUCCAAAAACAAACUGGACGUGAAGCACCCAGAGUAACUAAAAAGUUGCCUCAAUUACUUGGAGGUCUAUAAUUUUGUCUUGGGGGCUAUAUUAUUUUUUGUAUUUCUUAAAAGUGUUGUGAAGCCCCCCCCCCUUCCAUCACCUUCCCCGGGGGUCAUUCCAUUUGCAUGGUCCUAAAGUGUUUAUUUCUUAAUAAAAAAAAAAUAAAACCAACGCGGGAAGGAGGAUGGACCCUGCCUGCGGGAAAGUGGGGACGGCGUCUUUGGUCGCCGGCGGCGGAACCGGCGUGAGUGCGAAGGCGCCGAAACAUCUGUGGAGGCAGCAGAACCAGCCAGCGCUCUCUCCGCUUCACCACGCGCUGGUAGUGCGCAAGAACGAGCGAGUGAGACAAAGAGGCUUUUCGGACACCGAGAGGUACCUCAACCCGAGGAACAUGGACCGGACGUACGCAGUGGACACGGGGCACCGACCCGGACUGAAGAAAUCCAGGAUGUCGUGGCCGUCGUCGUUUCAAGGUCUUCGACGUUUUGAUGUGGACAAUGGCACGUCAUCAGGCCGUAGCCCCCUGGACCCAAUGGCCAGCCCGGGCUCAGGCCUCAUCCUGCAGGCAAAUUUUGUCCACAGCCAACGGAGAGAGUCGUUCCUCUACCGCUCCGACAGUGACUAUGACCUCUCACCCAAGUCUAUGUCCAGAAACUCCUCCAUUGCCAGUGACAUUCAUGGUGACGAUAUGAUUGUAACACCAUUUGCACAGGUUCUUGCCAGCUUGAGAACUGUCCGGAACAACUUUGGUGCAUUAACCAAUCUACAGCAAGACAGAGCGUCCAACAAGAGAUCACCCAUGUGUAACCCACCACCCAUCACCAAGACCACCUUCACAGAGGAGGCCUACCAGAAACUGGCCACUGAGACCCUGGAGGAGCUGGACUGGUGUCUGGAUCAGCUGGAGACGCUACAGACAAGACACUCGGUCAGCGAGAUGGCCUCCAACAAGUUCAAAAGGAUGUUGAACAGGGAACUGACUCACCUAUCAGAGAUGAGCCGUUCUGGGAAUCAGGUGUCUGAGUUCAUCUCCAGCACCUUCCUGGACAAGCAACAUGAAGUGGAGAUGCCAACCCCUCAGACACAGAAGGAGAAGGAGAAGAAGAAAUUGCCCAUGUCUCAGAUCAGCGGGGUGAAAAAGCUGCAACACUCCUCCAGCCUCACAAACUCUAAUAUCCCUCGCUUUGGAGUCAAGACCGAGACCGAGGAUGAACUCGCUAAGGAGCUGGAGCAUGUGAAUAAAUGGGGCCUUAAUGUUUUUAAAAUCUCAGAAUUCUCUGGGAAUCGGCCACUGACAGUCAUGAUGCACACGAUAUUCCAGGAGAGAGACUUGUUGAAAACUUUUAAAAUUCCACUUGACACCUUUAUAACAUACCUGAUGACCUUAGAAGACCACUAUCAUGGCGAUGUGGCUUACCAUAACAACAUUCAUGCUGCUGACGUCACCCAGUCAACUCACGUGCUGCUAUCCACCCCUGCCCUUGAGGCUGUGUUCACAGACCUCGAGAUCCUAGCUGCCAUCUUUGCCAGUGCAAUUCACGACGUGGACCAUCCUGGAGUCUCCAACCAGUUCCUCAUCAACACCAAUUCAGAGCUAGCGCUGAUGUACAAUGACUCGUCUGUGUUGGAGAACCACCAUCUAGCAGUUGGUUUCAAGCUUCUGCAAGAGGAGAACUGUGACAUCUUCCAAAACUUGACCAAAAAACAAAGACAAUCACUGCGAAAGAUGGUCAUUGACAUUGUGCUAGCAACAGACAUGUCCAAGCACAUGAAUCUACUGGCUGAUCUGAAAACUAUGGUGGAAACCAAGAAGGUGACCAGCUCUGGUGUCUUGCUGCUGGACAACUACUCAGACAGGAUACAGGUUCUCCAGAACAUGGUGCACUGUGCAGACCUGAGCAACCCCACUAAGCCUCUCCAGCUGUACCGCCAAUGGACGGACCGCAUCAUGGAGGAGUUCUUCAGCCAGGGGGACCGAGAGAGAGAGAGGGGCAUGGAGAUCAGCCCCAUGUGUGACAAACACAACGCCUCGGUAGAAAAGAGCCAGGUUGGUUUCAUAGACUAUAUCGUUCACCCUUUGUGGGAGACGUGGGCUGACUUGGUCCACCCGGACGCCCAGGACAUCCUGGACACAUUGGAAGACAACAGGGAGUGGUACCAAAGCACCAUCCCCCAAAGCCCCUCUCCUGCCUUGGACGAGUCUGAAGAUGGCACUCGACCCCCAGGAGGGGACAAGUUCCAAUUUGAGCUCACACUGGAGGAGGACGGGGAGUCGGACACUGAGAAAGACAGCGGCAGCCAGCCUGAGGAGGAGGAGGAGGAGGAGGAGGAGGAGGAGGAGGAGGAGGAGGAGGAGGAAGAGGAAGAGGAGGAAAACAGCUGUACUGACUCUAAAACACUCUGUACGCAGGACUCUGAAUCAACGGAGAUUCCUUUGGACGAACAGGUGGGGGAGGAUGAAGAGGAGGAGGUAGCGGAAGAGGGGGAGACACCCUGCUCACAACCAUGUGCUGUGGAGGAUGAGGUAGCAGAGGAGGAAGAGGAGAAAGAGAAAACCCCACACACAUAGCAGUUUAUGGACAGCACCUGAUUAACUGUUCUUCUUAGUAAUGACAGAUGAUUAUUUAUAGAAUAUUUUUUUGGGUUUUGUGGAGUCUGUCUGUGUUUUUUAUACAUCUAUGUUUAUGGUUCCAAAGCGUGCGCUGCUCUCCACCUUGGCCAGUCCUUCUUUCAGCUUUGUUCAGACACGCCCACUGGUACUUCUUCAAGUUUUUUUGCACUCAGGAAAACUCCUUUCCAUUCCCGUUUGUACUGAAGUGGUGUGUCUUUAUUUCACUUUUACACCUCCCCUUUACAAGUUUAGGUUCAGGACAUGGACGAGCGGCUCAUAGUCCACUCAGUGCUGUUCACACGAUACAAAAUAUCAAAUUUUCCUUCCCUACGCUUUGUCUCAGCCUUGCUUGAAAGUUUUGCAGUGUUUCUGUGUUUUUUUUAUCAAGUGCCCAUACUCUACAGAGACGGUUAUCGGUGUGUUCAAGGAGAAUCUCCCCCUCAGUUAGGUUAUUCCCUCCCCAUUGCGAAUUAGGAGGCAUUUUAAGCUGCCGUUCCUGCUGAGAAGAAAGCCGCAGCACACUGGGGAACUUUUCGAGACACAUUGCAGAUAUGGAAGUCUUCCUUGAAAACCUGACUGAUAUACAAAGCUCAAAUCUAAACAGCCAUGAUGCUGUCCUAGACCUCUUUAAUUUUUGUAUCGUACUGUAUGUAAGAUUCAGAUAUUUUCUAGAAGUUACUUUUGCAAUCCUAGGCUUUUUUUUGUUAGCAAAGAAGAUUAGAGAAGUUUUGGGAACCAAUGGGUAGAAAUGUGUCACAGAUAUUCAGUGUUUUGAAGGGGGUAUCUUCAAGGCUGGAUUACAUUAGGAGUGUUCUUAAGUGUUUGCACUUGCUCCAAUAGCAUUUAUACUACAAUUCCCAUGCCACUAUACUCGUAUUUGGUUAAUCCUGUAAAUAAAAAUUUGGAAUUUAUUCAUAAUAACCAUUAUUUGGGUGAGCAGGAACCUGAAGUCUUAUGCUUUACUCUCAUUGAAACUGGGAUGUGGAUGAAGCCUUUCUAAUUUUGUUAUCGUUGCCUGCAGUUUUUUUGAACACAUCCUCAGACAAUGCAAUGCUUUGUAGUUGAUACAAAAAGCACCUUUUUUUAGAAGCUUGAUUAGUGCUCCAAGUAGACAGAAACAGCAAAGGUGUUAAAAACUACUGGGGUGAUUUUAUGCCAGUGUUGUGAAAGCUUUUAUUGUCCUCGUAUAAAUUUUUCUUGCACAUGUUGUUCAGAAUACACAUCAUCAUCAAUAGCUGCAUACCUGCUUGUUUCCAGCCACUUUAUUUUUAUGUUAAUUUUGCCAUUGCAACAUCAAACCCAGUUGCUGUCUUUGUUUUCGACAAGACAAUCAGCUCAGCUCCUUUUGCGUAGUCAUCAAACGAGAUCAUCCUCUACGUGGAUACUUCAAUGCACUGACAGAUUCAUAUGUCACCACUUCAAUAUUUUUAAUAUGUUUGAACUUGCCAAAACAGUCAGUCAUGAAUACUUAGGCUUGAACAGUGCUGUCUUACACCUCGCCAAGAGUCUCUUCAUCAUUUUUCACUUCACACCUGAUGCUAUUAUUUAUUGUUAUAUUUUUCUGUUUGUUGAGUCAUUUUUGCAAUAUAAAGGUGGUACAGUAAAUAUUUCACUGUAGCAUAGACCACAGUACAGGCUUGCCAGUUGCAGUACCCAAAUAUACUUUUUUUUUUUCUCUGUGUACAUAAAAUAUAGAAAAUCAACAAAUGUUUAAAAAGAAAGAAAAAAAAACACACUUGAAAUACUGCACACUGCUUUUUUCUAAGAGUGCUUGUUUUAAUUAUGUGUCAUUUCAAAACUUUUUAUUUAAUCUUUCAUUUUGUGCCAAGAUUUUCUUUCUCUCUUUUUUUUCCCAUCCUCACCCAAUGCCCUUACCUGUAAUAAAAUUUUCUGGUUUUAUCGCUGUUUACAAACAUAUAUUUAUUGUGCUGUAUAUAAUAUAUAAUUAUUAAUGUUAUUACUAUCAUAAUGCCGUUUGUUGUAAAUGGUUGAUUCUUAUCAUCCCUUUUGGUGAUGGUGUGGCUGUAUUACGUACCUCUUGUUGAGAGAAUGUUUAUUACACAUGAGCUUCAGUGUAAAAAAUGAUCCAUCGACAUGUUGCUUAUCUGAGAACUAGCUCAGUGAAGAGAGGGGGAAAGCCAAAUUGUUUUUUAAAAAAGAAACUGUUCCUUGGCCCAUGGGCUGUGCCUUAAAUUCAACGCAUGUCAUUUACUUUAGCCUUUUUCUUUCCUAUUUUAAUUUCUUGUUCUCUUUUGCUGCAUUGGUGAAUCUUUUGGCUUGGGUUGGCCUGAUCUCCUGUUGUAAAUUUGCAAAUGUUGCCUUUUUACUAUCACAGCCAAACACAAAUUGGAAAAUCUGCUGUCAGUGCAGACACUUACGGAGAUUCGGGUCAACUACAAGUCACAGAUUUACUACUUGAGUGAUGUGUGGCCUAUAGCCGGAUGUCCAAGAGUCGCAUUUGCUGUAGACCUGGUCUGAACAGCUCGCACCUUCCUUACUCCCUGCCUCUACACUCAAAGAUGUGACACAGCCGGUUGGAUGUAAACUACGCGGGAGUGACUUUGCUCCGUCUGUACAGUUACUGCAGUGUCGUCUACAUCCAUGUGGUCGUAUCCCAGCUACAAACACUGAACAGGGUGCAACGGGAGUGUGUAGUUGCUGCUUGUCCAUGGCCUACGAAGCACAGAGGCUUUGAGACACAUCUGCAUGUUCAGCCACUGCUGCAUUAAUUAUGGCUGAAACACUGACAGUGUGUUGCUUAUCUAUGCUCGGCCCACACUUUGACUCACAUUACUUGCAAUAUCCAAAACCACUGACAUUUUUCUGCCUGGACAGGAGAAGGGUUUAGUAUAUUUCUGUAGUGAAGAGGGGCUUGGGUGGGAGUGGGGUGCAUCAUUGUACCGAAACAGGGACUCUUAUUUUGACACACAUACUGUAGAUUCUAAACAGCCCUGGACCAAUGGAAACAGUGGGUUCUUUUCUCAUUAUGUGUUCUAUUUUUUAUGGUGUGAAAGGAAAACACAAACUGUAACUUAAAAAAAGGUCUUCUGGACAAUUAUUUUUUGGGUUAUGUCUUUAGAAUGCCAACUUGUCUGGAAGUUUCACAAGACAAUUAAAAAUGUUAUUUUAAUGGAUUCCUUGUUAAUUGCAGUCUAUUGGAUAGCACUGUAGAUCAUACAACUUUAUGUAAAAAAUAAUAAUAAAAAUAAUUAAAAAAAAGUUUUUAUAUGCAAUGGAUUAAAUAAAAGCAUGGGUUGAUUCUGCCUA